AUGCCGCCGAAGAACCAGCGUGAUGCACCCGUGGUGAUCCCGGAUGAAGAUGACGAGGGUGACAUGAUGGAGAUGGGCAACAUGCUGGACUUCCAGAAGUACCUCGACCCCGACUUCUCGAAGAAUUUCAUGGCAAGCCUGCCGGAGAAGAUCCGUCAGCGGGCGCAGGUUCUCUCCGCCUACGACAAGGACCUCUCCGCGCAGCAGAAGGCGUACAAGGCGAAGGAGAUGGACAUUCUGCGCCGCUACGACGCCCUCUUCGAGCCACUGUUGCAACGCCGCAAGGAAAUCGUCACGGGGGCCGCGGUCUCCGAUGAGGAGGUGAAGAAGGGCAUGCCAGAGGAGCACGUCAAUGUGAUUUCAGUGGAAGUGGACGAGACGGACGAGGCCGCCAAGGCCGCCGACGCGUUCGGCCUGGAGGGGUUCUGGCUGCGCGUGCUGCGUCACCACGCCGUGAUCGACAGCACGAUUGAGCCGCACGACGAGGAUGUUCUGAAACACCUCGUCGAUAUCCGGUCUUCUGUCGCGGAGGGGGAAUACGGUAGCUUCCAGGUGAUUUUCACCUUCUCGCCGAACGACUUCUUCGAGGAGGAGACCAUCACCGCCACGGUCAGCAUCAAGGAUGACAAGUCAGAGCUGACGGUGUCGCCCAUCACGUGGAAGCCGGGCAAGAACGUCAUGAUACACACCGUCACGAAGAAGCAGCGGGCGAAGCGCACGGGGCAGGUGCGUACCACCACGCGUGACGUGCCGCAGCUCUCAUUCUUCUGGCUGUUCAAGAAGAAGACCGAAGCCGUCGGCGAUGACGACGCCGAGAAGGACGGCGAGGAGGACGACGAGGAGCAGCGCAUAAGCAUGCUUGAGGUGCUGCAUACGUGCAUCGUGCCAAAUGCUGUGCGCUACUACACCGGCGAGGCCCCUAACGGCUUCAGCGAUGUCGACGAGGAGGACGAAGAGGAUGAAGAGGAGGAAGAAGAGGAAGAGGAGAUCAUCCCGCGCGGCCGCGGCGGCAACCGUGGCGGCCGUGGUGGUCGCGGUGGCCGUGGUAUCUAA